AUGAAGACUAUGAUUCUGCUACUUUAUCUUCUAGGGUCAACUCAGUCAUUACCGACGCAGCUCAACCCUGUUUUGGGACUUCCUCCAACAAAACCGGCUCCACACCAGGCAACACUUCUAAACCAGCAGCAGCCAAAUCAGGUACUCCCCUCUUUAAGUCUGAUACCAUUGAUGCAGAUGUUCACACUGGGGUCAGAUCUGCAGCUGCUAAAUCCUGCUGCAGGGAUGCCACCUGGUACCCAGACCCUCCCCCUGAGCCUGGGGGGACUGAACACACAACAGCAGCUGCAAUCCCAAAUGUUACCAGUUAUUGUAGCACACCUUGGAGCCCAUGGUGCUAUCAUAAGCUCAGAAGAAUUGCCGGUGGCCCCCAAAAUCUUCGCAGGACUCCUUUUUCAGCCACUGUUCCCGGGAUCCAUCCUGCCUACCAGUCCAGCUAAUCCAGAUGCCCAGAAUGGAAUCCUUCCUGCAGGGCAAGCCGGAGUGAACCCUGCCAUCCAGGGAACUCCAGAGGGCUUUUCCACAACUCCCAGCGACAUAGACGAUGACUUUGGAGUGACCGCUCCUGCAGGCAUCCAAAAGGGCAUGCACACCACCCAGGAAACCACCACUGGGUCUCCAAAUGUGCAAUGCAAGGAUCAACCCGGUUGCACACGCACAGGUGACGACACAGGAGAAGUGACCGGAACGUCCUUAGACAGAAAGCUGAGGAUGAAGGGGAAGGACCUUCGCCCUGAUGCCUUGCCGCCCCUUCAUCUGAGGCAGAUCUGUCUGCAGCAGCCAGAGUGGCCAGAUAUUAGUUUAUUUAUUGGCUAA